AUGCAUAGCAAUCGCUCGCCAGUAUGGUGUUAUAACACCAGAAGACGAAUUCGUGACCUGGGACUGCAACGACGGGACUCCUCUGGCGCUGGUUUGCCUAUCUUCACGCUGUACGACUACAGCUUUCGGCCACCGGAUGUCACACGCGAAAAGGCGCUAGCAUGGGCGGAGGAGCAAGGAAUCUGCGCGACGGAUGAAGUGCUUCUACAUCCGGAUCCGUAUGCGACAAGGGACAUGUGGUGUGCUGCCCUGGUCAGCCGAUUUGAAGCACGGCUAGAAUCCGCUGUCCGUGAAAAGCCAGAUCUCCCUCUUAUCAUCGCCAACCACUGGCCAUUACAUGAAAGUGUUGUACACCUCCCUGCGGUGCCUCGUUUUCGGCUUUGGUGUGGAACGACCCGCACGGGUGACUGGCACACCCGUUUCCAUGCAAAGGUUGUAGUUAGUGGGCAUCUUCACUUAAGGCGCACCGAUUGGGUCGAUGGUGUUCGUUUCGAGGAAGUAUCCUUGGGAUAUCCGCGCCAAUGGGAGCGUGCUCGCAGUCUAGGAAAGGAUAUCAAUUCUUUCCUACGGGAAAUUCUUCCGGGGCCCCUUGUUGUGGGCCAGGAAGGUGUGACCCAGUGGCGCCCAAAUGGUGACAUUAUUUGUAGUGGCACUCGUGAAUCUUCUCGUAACCAAUAG